AUGCCAAAAAUGAACAAACACUUGUGAGUGGCUUUGCAAAUACAGGAGAAGAUGUUUAAAUGUGGUCUUGAACUCAGAGUGUGAGUUUCUCUUGGUCACCUAAUGCUUUGUUUAGUAACUAUUAAAAAAAAUCUAGGAUAUUCUUAUUGAAAUUGUAGCAUUGUAAAUUAUUUCUGAUCGUAGUCUGCAGGAAUAAUAAUGUGACAGACUUGUUGUCCUCUUUCCAACUGAAUUCCAAAAUCUCUCUUCCCAAAUUCAUUGUGAAUUGAGACCUUAUAGAGGUUUGUUACUUACAGUCCCCACAAAGAAUCUGACCACUGACUGGUGAAUAUUUUUAUUUCAAUACAAAAUGACGAAAUGGAUUAAGACUUUUACUCAGGAUAGGAAACUAAAAUUUUGGGAGAACUGUGAAAUAGUGCUUUUUUUUUUAAGGCUUCUUUCCAUCUUUGCUACUCCUCAACAUUCAGUUGGUUUCCCAACAUUACAGCUACCAUAACUGACUGACCCAGCUCUGGAAUUUUUUGGAGCCAGAUGUUCAUCAGAGAAACUGUUCAGAUGGGAAAGUGGAGAAGCUGUGCUCUGUGCUUUUUAUCUGGUGUGUUGGGAGUACAUUUUGGAGCAUGUUUGCUACUUAGCAGAGAAGUGAAAUUCAGGCACAAGAGGUUGUAAAUGUAAAGAGCCAAUAUGGGGGAAAAGAAGGCAGAACCAUUGGACUUUGUAAAAGAUUUUCAGGAAUAUCUUACCCAGCAGACUCACCAUGUCAAUAUGAUUUCUGGAUCAGUUACUGGCGACAAGGAAGUGGAGUCUCUCCAGGGAGCUGGGACAGAAGGUGAUCAGAACGGCCUGGACCAUCCCUCUGUUGAAGUUUCACUGGAUGAAAACUCAGGAAUGUUGGUGGAUGGGUUUGAAAGGACGUUUGAUGGAAAGUUGAAGUGUCGAUACUGCAACUACGCCAGCAAAGGAACAGCUCGGCUCAUAGAACACAUCAGGAUUCACACAGGUGAGAAGCCGCACAGGUGCCAUCUGUGUCCCUUUGCCUCGGCCUAUGAGCGUCACCUGGAGGCCCACAUGCGAUCCCACACCGGGGAGAAGCCCUACAAGUGUGAACUGUGCUCCUUCCGCUGCAGCGACAGGAGCAACUUGUCCCACCACCGGCGGCGCAAACACAAGAUGGUGCCCAUCAAGGGUACGAGGUCUUCCCUGAGCAGCAAGAAGAUGUGGGGGGUUUUGCAGAAGAAGACCAGCAAUUUGGGGUACAGCAGAAGAGCAUUAAUUAAUUUGAGCCCACCUUCCAUGGUGGUGCAGAAACCAGACUACCUUAAUGACUUCACCCACGAAAUCCCAAAUAUCCAGACUGAAGCGUACGAGGGCAUGGCAAAAACGGCUCAGAGUGGAGGGCUGCCAAGAGAUCCACAAGACCUCAUGGUGGAUAAUCCUUUAAACCAGCUCUCCACGUUGGCUGGACAGUUGUCCAGCUUGCCACCUGAAAACCAAAAUCCAGCCUCUCCUGACGUUGUUUCCUGUCAGGAUGAAAAGCCUUUCAUGAUCCAGCAGCCUGCUGCACCUGCAGUGGUUUCAGCUGUGUCAGCAAAUAUUCCUCAAAACUCAUCUCCAACCAGCCCAGAUCCUCGGCCUCCACAAAAUCAAAGGAACUAUAGUCCCGUGGCCGGGCCCAGCAGCGAUCGCAGCGCCCACACCAGUACUCCCAGUAUAAGUAACAGCCAGCCGAGUACUCCAGCUCCAACCCUCCCAGUCCAGGACCCUCAGCUUCUGCAUCACUGCCCACACUGUGACAUGUACUUUGCAGACAAUAUCCUUUAUACAAUUCACAUGGGAUGUCAUGGAUUUGAAAAUCCUUUCCAGUGCAACAUCUGUGGGUGUAAGUGUAAAAACAAGUACGACUUCGCUUGCCACUUUGCAAGAGGCCAACAUAAUCAACAUUGACUGAGACAUGCUUUGGUUUAGUUUUUUAACAUAUUACAGUCUAUUUUUCAUACUUGCUGAUGGAAAGCUUGCACAUUCCCACAUGGAAUAUUCACACUAGUCGAUUCGACAAAGGAGGCACAUUUAUUUCCGUGUUGUUGUAAAACUUGCCAGGGAAAUUUUGUGUAGGAUUUGGUUGUUAUUUUAUAUGUAGCCUUUCAAAGAAAGCCAAGAGUGCUGUCAGGAUUGGAAUGCAUUUACAUGCUGUGAUUGCUAAAUUUAAGUUGCUUGCACUUAAUCCCAAUAAACAUUCUGCAAAUGGA